AUGGGCACCAUGUCUACCUCUGUUAUGCUUCUUUUCCUUCUGGGUCUCUGCCAUCUAUCCACGGCAGCGGCGGUGGACAAAAACGACGUUGCGAAGCCAAAAAUGACUGCAAGCACUACUUACAUCGUUCACAUGGCCAAAUCCGAAAUGCCGGCGAGCUUCGAGCACCACACUCACUGGUACGACUCGUCGCUCAAAACGGUUUCCGACUCGGCCGAAAUGAUGUAUAUUUACAGCAAUGCCAUCCACGGCUUCUCCACCAAGCUCACCCCCGAACAAGCCGAGUCACUCCAAUCCCAACCUGGAGUGCUCUCCGUGCUUCCCGAGUUGAAAUACGAGCUCCACACGACUCGGACCCCGGAAUUCCUCGGACUCGGCCAAACCACCGAGACGAUCCCCCAGUCCAACUCGGAGAGCGACGUCAUCAUCGGAGUGUUAGACACCGGCGUCUGGCCCGAAAGCAAGAGCUUCGACGACACCGGACUCGGACCCGUACCCGGAUCCUGGAAAGGCGCGUGUGAAUCGGGUACCAACUUCAAUUCUUCAAACUGCAAUCGGAAACUAAUCGGGGCCAGAUACUUCGCCAAAGGCUACGAGGCCACGGUGGGCCCCAUCGAAACCUCGAAGGAAUCCAAAUCCCCACGCGACGACGACGGCCACGGCACCCACACCGCAUCAACCGCCGCAGGGUCGGCCGUUUCCGGCGCUAGCCUCUUCGGCUAUGCCCCAGGAACCGCACGCGGGAUGGCCCCUCGCGCCCGAAUCGCCGCGUACAAGGUGUGCUGGGUCGGCGGCUGUUUCAGCUCCGACAUUGUGGCGGCAAUCGACCAGGCCAUUGCAGACAACGUGAAUGUUCUCUCGAUGUCGCUUGGCGGCGGAAUGUCGGACUAUUUCCGUGACAGCGUGGCAAUCGGAGCUUUCUCGGCGAUGGAGAAGGGAAUUUUAAUCUCGUGCUCUGCCGGAAAUGCGGGUCCCAGUGCCUACAGCUUGUCGAACUCGGCUCCAUGGAUCACGACAGUUGGAGCAGGCACACUGGAUCGGGACUUCCCGGCUUUCGUCAGCCUGGGCAACGGUAAAAACUUCUCGGGCGUUUCACUCUACCGCGGUAACUCCAACGCAGCCCCAACCGCCUUGACGCCGUUUGUUUACGCCGGUAACGCGAGCAACGCCACGUCAGGAAAUCUAUGCAUGAUGGGGACUUUAAUUCCAGAACAAGUGAAGGGGAAAAUAGUGAUGUGCGACCGUGGAGUCAACGCAAGAGUCCAAAAAGGAGCGGUGGUCAAGGCUGCCGGAGGAGUGGGCAUGAUAUUGGCCAACACCGCCGCCAACGGCGAGGAGCUGGUGGCGGACUCUCAUUUAUUACCGGCCACGUCGGUGGGUCAGCAAAACGCCGACGUCAUCAAGAGCUAUUUGUUAAAGGAUCCGAACCCGACCGCCACGAUAUUGUUCGAGGGGACUAAAGUUGGGGUCCAGCCUUCACCCGUAGUUGCGGCAUUUAGUUCUCGGGGCCCGAAUUCAGUCACUCCGGAUGUACUGAAACCCGAUAUUGUUGCUCCAGGUGUCAACAUCCUAGCUGGGUGGUCCGGGGCUAUAGGCCCCACGGGACUGGCAAUCGAUGCGAGACGCGUGGCGUUCAAUAUUAUCUCGGGGACGUCAAUGUCUUGUCCGCACGUGAGCGGGCUAGCGGCGCUGCUGAAGGGAGCUCACCCGGAGUGGAGCCCCGCGGCGAUUCGAUCGGCGCUUAUGACCACCGCGUAUACAGCGUACAAGAACGGACAGAAGUUGCAGGACGUGGCGACCGGAAAGCCGUCCACGCCGUUCGAUCACGGCGCUGGACACGUAGACCCUAUAUCGGCCCUCAAUCCGGGGCUGGUCUAUGAUCUAACGGUGGACGAUUAUCUAAACUUCCUCUGCGCGUUGAAUUACUCGGCAACCGAGAUCAACAGUUUGGCGAAGAGAUCGUACACGUGCGACGAGAAAAAGAAGUACAGCGUGAGGGAUCUAAAUUACCCAUCUUUUGCCGUGAACUUCGAGGGCAGAUAUGGAGGUGGGACGACGUCGUCUAACGUGGUGAAGUACACGAGGACGCUGACGAAUGUGGGCCCCCCGGGAACGUACAAGGCGAGUGUGACGUCGGAGAGCCAGUUGGUGAAGAUAUCGGUGGAGCCCGAAACGCUGAGUUUUAGUCAGGCGAAUGAGAAGAAAGUGUAUACGGUGACGUUUAGUGCGGUGGGUUCGGUGCCGGCGAAUGCAGUGAAUAGCUUCGGGAGGGUGGAGUGGUCGGACGGGAAGCACAUCGUAGGAAGCCCAAUAGCAAUAAGCUGGAAUUAG